GUCAUUUUACGCCGCCGUGCCCAAAGCGGUCUCGGUCGCCGUCGCGUAGCGCACCUCCGCUGAAGAGACUCGUCGCAGCACUUCCCGCCUACUGGCGUCCGCCCAACGCUCUUUGAUAAAGGAGACCGCACAACACAGACGCAACAACCUCAAAACUACUUGUGGGAACAAUGAAGGCAUCCGGCGCGGCUGCGGCCGCUCGUGGAAGGCCGUCCCCCGCAGCAGCCGAUCCCGCACCCGCUAAAUGCCUUCCUUCCAUCCCUUUAAUGCAGUUUGGCGACUCCCUUUACAAGUGCUUUGCGCGGCAGCACGAGGACGCAGAGGCGAAGAUGCCCUUGACGCGCUACGCGGAUUACUUACAUCACUUCGGCUUCAGCGUCGAGCGCGAGAGCUGCACCCGCGGUGCAGCGGACGUGAGCAGCGGCGGAGGCAGCAAAACAUCGUUUCCCAACACCACGCCGCUUCAGCCGUCGCUUGCAAGCGGACACCUCAUCAACUACGGCAGCGAGGACUCCUCCGCCCUGUCCGAUACCGCUGACUGGGGCAUCAGCGAAGAGACCAAGAAGGAGGCCGAUCAACGAUGCGAGGACGUCGGCGCCAUCAGCGGCGUGUCGGACUGGGAGGCCGUGGCGAAGGAGCUGACGGCGCCGUACAACAGCGUUACGUGGCGACAGACCACAACGCAGUGCAUCAUUAAGAAAGCCCGCUGCGUCUACGCGUGGCUGUGCGCGCACGUCGCGCUGCAGCUGCGACUGUUCGAGGAGACAGCCGGAGAGGCGGACGGUGCACCCGCGGCGACGGCGACGAAGCCGCAGCGCAGCGUAUCGGCCGGCAAAAAAGGAAACCGUCUGUCAAAGAAGGAGAAGGAGGCGGCAGCGGCGGUGGCCGCAGCAGCCGCGCUGGAGCCACCGAAGCCGGUGGAUCCACUGGUGCAGGCCAUGGCGGCACGUCGUGCUACGCCUCUGCUCCUCGCCCAGCUGUACGCCAGCAUGCUCGGCGCCGUUGGUGUGAAGUGUGAAGUGGUGGUGGGGCGGCUGAAGGGUGUCGCGCCGGGUGAGGCCGUCGAGUGGGCGUGGAACGUACUGCGCAUUGAUGGGCGAGCCUACCUGGUGGAUGCCGCUGCUGCACUGUCCGAUGGCGUGCUUCGCAGCUCGCCUGCGCCGUCUCCAGUCCCUGCCGCGGACACCGCAGUGCUCGCCACACCGUCUCACACCGCUGCUGGCGGGGGUGCCGCCCCUGCGACCGCCGCCCCCGGUGCGCCACCGAAGGACACGUCAGGAGGGGACGACGGAGGAGGAGACGCGACCGCCGGCUGGGGCGUUCCGCGGCUGCUGUCGACGACGCCGGCGGAGCUGCGGCGCGACUUCUUCUUCUUCACGCACCCCUGCCUCUUUCUCUCGUCUCACCUCCCCAACGACGCCGCCAAGUCGCUCGUUGCGACGCCGACACGGGCGGUGCACUGGGUAAUCCAGCCGUGUGUGACGCCCGCCUUUUAUCACUACGGCCUGCAGCUGCUCUCCCACCCUUCGCACGCCGCCAUCUCCGUCGGCAGCACGCCCACGUACAUCUCGCUGACAAACAAAGCACCUGGUAAGACGGAGCUGUGCUGUGUGCUCUUCUCUGGCACCCUGCAGGCGCUCUCCGAGGAUGUCUCGUCCAACACACCGCUGGCCCCUGGCUGGGUGUGGCACCAGCGGGUGGACACGACGAACACCGAGACGUUCACGCUGACGGUGCCGCAGGCCGGCUACUACGUGGUCGUCAUCGGAGCGCGGUCCAUCCGUGCCGACCCCUACAGUGCGGCCAUCGUCUCUCCCGCUGCGUCGACCUUCACGGCGGUGGUGUCGUAUGAAGUCCGCGUCGGCUUCACGUCGAGCAACGUACCGGUCCUGCCGCGGCAGUACUUGUCACCGGGUAUCUGCCGGCUGAUGAAGCCUCUCUGCGCGCAGGUCACGCCUGGCCCCCAAAGGUUUAGUGUCAUGCCAUCCUGCAGCAACGUGCUUGCCGUGGCAGUCGUGCGGAGAGUUGCGCUGCAGGGAACAGCCACAGCAUCCGUAUCGACAUCCACGGACCCCUCCUCAAACCCCGCCCACCAUGGCCAUACUCGCUCCCUCGUCUCUUUUCUUACCUUUCAGAUGAAAAUGGCUGCUUUUGAAGGCGUGGCCGAGGUAAAAGCUGGCGACAUAAUCGAGCUGUGGGUCCUCUACGGGGCACCGGAUCGCAACGGGCAGCAGCUCACGCAGCGCGUCGGGGCCCUGCAGACGAACGCCGCCCGGGCGCCGGCCGCCGUGGAGGUGAAGACGGCGGACAGGCGGAAGAAGAAGGCCGCGGCGACCGAGCAGCAGCAGGUGGACAUGGCGCAGGUGGCCCGCCUCGAGCACGCUCUGCGCCGAGGGGAGCUCUUCCAGCUCCUUGUGGGCGGCAUCGAGGUGAAGCACUUUAUCUCGCCGGAUGUGGUGGCCGUCAUACAGCCGCAGCCCACCGUGGAGCAGGAGCAGGCGGCGACCUUGCGACGAUUGGCCGGCGUCACGGAGGCGCUCCUGAGUGAAGCCGGCAGCACGGCGCAGUACCAGGCGAACCCCGUUGGAUCGUACUUUGAAGGGGUGGCCACUGCCGCCGCGACGCGCUGA